GGGAAGCCACACACGAGAGAGCUGCAGCUCUGUUUUCAGCUAUUUUCGCUAUUUUAAUUGUAAUACUUGCUUUAAACUCACCGGUUUAGAUGUUAACUCUUAGGAGCCCCUUAUCGUAGCCAAAUCAGAGACGGACGACGGAGUGAGAGAGUAGAUGCAAAUCGUGGAACUGGCCAGGUCCUUGAUUGAUGGCGAGCUUAAUGGAGCCCUGAACCUAAAGCAAAGCAACUGCUGAAGAAUCGAGUCGCACCUCUCCUUCCAGGCUGGUAGGGGGCUCUUUGUGGCCCACAAACUCUCCCCACUCAAAACCUUGAAUUGUCCGCCUUGCCCACAUACAAUCUUUUUUUUCCACAAACCCCUCCUAUGCACCCUCUUCCUCCUGGACAAUCACAUUCAACCCAGACGUGGGUUACAUGAACUGUGGGUUGGGUUGGUACAUUGGGGUCAAUUUACCAAGUGUUGGGAAUUUUGUGGACUCAUUUGUGCUUUGCAUUGACAUUCGAAUUGUAUAUCAAUGUUUCUGAGUCAUGUCCUGAAGUUGCAUAGUUAAUGAAUUAUUUUGAAUAUUCAUUAUUGAAUGGCCAUUUAUGAGUUACUGUUUGUUAUUCACUGUAAAUAUUUGCACUGUUGGCUGUCUUAUAUGUUUAAAGAAAUAUUCAAUAUAUGGUACCUGCAAACACAAAAUCAGCUUCCUGUCUACUCUCUCCUUGAGCCGAAUUUAGCCUUCUGAUUACUAGCCUAACGAACCUAACUACUUCUGGUGUUAGUAAACCAGUUCUUUACUACUUACCUACUACACAGGUGUUACAGUAGCAUCUGCUAUCUUCUAUGCAGUGGUCUGCUGGGGAGCAGGGAGCACUGAAAGGGACAGAAAGAGACUAAACAGAAGGUCAGGAGGAACUGUCAUUGUCUUACAGUUGGUACAGUUGGUUAAUCAUACUGCAAUACAGCGAUCAUUGCGCCUGCGUGAGAACGGCUGCACGUCUGUCUGCUUGGUGUGUUGGUGCUUGUUUUUUUGAUUUCUCUGAUUUCUACUAAUGCAGACCAGCAUUAAUAGACUCGUAUAUUCGAAAGCAGAGUUGCUGACACUGGAAAACAAUGUUAAGGCUGGUGUACGCCAUCUGAUUCCACCGGAGCUAAGGCGGAAGUACCGGGGUUGCCGAGCCGGUCGUAAACACAAGGCAAAAAUGAAGGCUAGAAUCACCAAUCGGACGCUUUUUAAACCACCUAUCCCUUCCGUUGUCAUGGGGAAUGUUAAUGCAUUGAUGAACAAGAUGGAUGAGCUUACCGCGCUGAUUGGGAGCCAACGGAGCUACACCGAGGCAAGUCUGCUCAUCUUCACGGAGACGUGGCUAACUAGCUACGUACCGGAUGCUACAGUGGACCUGCCCGGCUUUUCCGUCGUGCGAGCAGAUCGGGACCCCGAUGCCAGCGGGAAGAGCAAAGGUGGGGGACUUAUUCUGUAUGCUAACCAGCGAUGGUGCCAUCCUAACCAUCUGACUGUUAAAACUGCGUUAUGCAGCCGGGAUUUGGAGCUACUGGCUGUUAGCAUCAGACCGUACUACGUACCACGUGAGUUCUCACACGUCAUCGCGCUCUGUGUUUACGUUCCUCCGAGGGCGGACGCAGAGGCGGCGCGUGAGUCCAUUUACAACAUCACUACGGCUCUUCAGUCCCAGCAUCCUGAUGCGUUUUUUCUCAUUUCUGGUGAUUUUAACCAUGUAACCUUGGACACUACUCUUGCUUCCUUUCACCAGUAUGUCAGCUGUCACACAAGGAAAAAUAGGACAAUAGACCUGUUGUAUGCAAAUAUUAAUGAUGCAUACUCAGUCUCCCCCCUUCCUCCUCUUGGUAAAUCGGAUCAUAACCUGGUCCACCUGAAGCCCACAUACACUCCACUUGUAAAGAGGCAAAUUGUGACAAUUAGGCAGAUCAGGAGAUGGUCUCCUGAAGCUGAGGAUGCACUCAGAGACUGCUUUGCCACAACAGACUGGAGUGUAUUGGUGGAUUCAUAUGGGGAGGACCUUGAGGGGGCAGUGGGGUGCUUGACAGACUAUUUGAACUUUUGUGUGGACCAGGUGGUGCCUGUUAAAACAGUGAGGUGUUUUGCUAACAACAAACCAUGGAUUACUUCUGAGGUGAAGAAAGUCCUGAAUAAGAAGAAGAGGGCGUUUGGGAGCAAAAACGGUGAGGUGUUGAGAGAUGUGCAGAAGGAGGUGAAGAUCUGCCUAAAGGGGGCACAUGAGGCAUACAGCAAGAAGCUGGAGAAGCAGCUGAGUAACAACAGCAUGCAGGAGGUCUGGAAUGGUAUGAAAACCAUUACAGGCUGUCGCAGCAAGGGUAGUGUGGGCUGUCCGGAUCUACAGAAAGCCGAGGAGCUGAACACUUUUUUUAAUCGUUUCAGUUCCCUCAUGACCACUGGCUCCACCCCACAUCCCUCCUCUGCUCCUCUUGACCAUCACCAUCCUGCUCCUCCUGCACAUGGCUCUCUUUCGCUCUCACGUACGCUCACCACUCCCACCUCGACCCCAUCGCUUCCCACCAUUACAGCAGUCCAAGUGACAACUGAGCUGCUACAUCUACACCCUAGGAAGGCAGCAGGUCCGGAUCAAGUCUGUCCACGGCUCUUGAAGACUUGUGCUGCUGAGCUUGGAGGACCUCUACAACAGGUCUAUAACCUGAGUCUGCGUCUGGGGCGAGUACCCUCACUGUGGAAAACAUCUUGCAUCGUUCCAGUUCCAAAGAAGGGCCGCCCUCAGGAGCUGAAUGACUACAGGCCAGUUGCGCUUACAUCGCACUUGAUGAAGAUACUGGAGCGUCUGGUCCUGCAGUUCCUACAACCUCAGGUGCAGCUGGUAAAGGACCCCCUCCAAUUCGCCUAUCAGGAGAAGGUGGGGGUUGAGGAUGCUGUCCUCUACCUUUUACACCGUGCCCUCGCAUACCUGGAUGUUGGGGGGUUCAUGGUGAGGAUGCUAUUCUUCGACUUCUCCAGUGCUUUUAAUACGAUUCAUCCCAGCCUUCUCCAGGAGAAACUUAACAUCAUGGCUGUGGACCCCUACCUCGUUAACUGGAUUAUGGACUACUUGACCAACAGGCCACAGUUUGUUCGAGUGGGGGGUGGCAGGUCCUCAACACUGACCUGCAGCAUUGGAGCACCUCAGGGUACGGUGCUGUCGCCCUUCCUCUUCACCCUCUACACUUCAGACUUUCGGUACAACUCAGAUACAUGCCACAUGCAGAAGUUCUCUGACGACACUGCAAUUGUGGCGUGUAUCAGGGGAGGAGAAGAGGGUGAAUAUAGGGACCUGGUGAAAGACUUUGUGGGGUGGUGUCAGCGGAACAACCUUCAGCUGAACACCACUAAAACAAAGGAGGUGGUGCUGGACUUUCGCCGGGCACCCUCCUCUCUGCAGCCCAUCGGAAUUAAUGGAUCUGCUGUUGAGAUGGUUUCCACCUACAGGUACUUGGGGCUGCAGCUGGAUAACAAACUGAGCUUGUCAGCAAACAUGGACUCUGUGUACAAGAAGGGGCAGAGCAGACUGUACUUUCUUAGAAGGCUGGCUUCAUUCAGGGUCUGUUCUAAGUUAUUGUACAUGUUCUAUCAAUCCAUUGUGUCCAGUGUCCUUUUUUAUGCUGUUGUGUGCUGGGGGGGCAGCGCUAAGAGGAAGGACAUCCAGAGGCUGAACAGGCUGGUGCGUAAAGCUUGCUCUGUGGUUGGACUGAGUCUGGACUCUGUGGAGAAGGUGCUGGAGCAGAGGACACUCUCUAAAAUCAGGGCCAUCCUGUCCAAUGAGAGCCACCCCCUGAAUUCGGUCUUCUCCCAUCAGAGGAGCACCAUGAGCUCCAGACUCCUGUCACUGAGGUGCUCCACUGAGAGACUGAAGAACUCUUUUGUCCCACGUGCCAUCAGGCUGUAUAAUGCAGCCAUUUCAGGUAGGAGCAGGAGAGGAGUGCUGGAGAUGUCCUGAGCGUUGUUUUGCUGUGUCUGAUAACUUGCUCAUUUCAGUGUUGUUUUAAUUAUUUAUUUAUUUAUUUAUUGCAUUUUUUAAAUAUGUACUCUAUCUUUUAUCCUUGUUCUGUGUCUGUGUGGAUGUGAGCAACAGACUGUUGUAAUUUCCCUCGGGAUUAAUAAAGUACUUUGACCUUGACCUUGACCUCUGUCCUGGACUGUUCCCUGGACUCCAUAGAGGAGGUGGGUGAGAGGAGGAUGUUGUCAAAGCUCACAUCCAUCAUGGACAAUCCCUCUCACCCACUGCAUGACACUGUGGGGUCUUUAAGCAGCUCCUUCAGCAGCAGACUGAGACAUCCACCCUGCAAGAAAGAGCGCUAUCACAGGUCCUUCAUCCCAUCUGCUGUAAGACUGAACAACAUCAGCAUCACUGGCUGAUGUUAACAUAAACUGGACUCAUAUCAUAUCAUCCCAAACCAUAAAAUUUGCACAGAUAUUAUUGCACUGCUACAUCUUUGCACUUUUAAACUUUAUUUUUUUAAGCCACUUUAUACUGUCAUUGUCUUACAGUGUGUCAAUACUGCACUAUUUCAUCCUCAUCUCUCAUCCCUGUACAUGUUGUAAAUAUUAUUACUACUGUUCUAUUAUUGUUUUAUUCCUAUUACUACGUCUAUUGCUACAUAAGCUGCUGUAACAAUGUAAAUUUCCCCUGGCGUGGGGAAAAAUAAAGGACUUAUCUAUUUCAGGGUUAACAGACAGAGUUUUCACUAAACCUGCUUUGUAAAACGGACCCCUGGACAGUCCGGUUGAAUGAAACACACCUGGAAGCUUCAGGAAAUCCUCACCUGUCUGUCACCUGAACCAGAAGCUCCAGUCAGCAUCUGGAACGGUUUCAAUUCCGCUAAAAAUGUCGUUUCUCAACAUAUCAGCGUGUUUUCAUCCGCACCCAUUUUAGCUCCGUUCAACCUUUACUACAUGGAUGCAACCAAAUGUGGAACGGAGCGGGGGUGCCACGCAUGGAAAGUUUCCUCAAACACAUUAAAAAAAAAGACAGAAAAAACAAACAUAAACUGCAACAACAGCAUGAAACAGUUAUUAAAGAUAAAUAUAUUUAAGAAAUAUACAUUCUACUGUCUAUGUAGGUUUAAAUUUCUAUACUCUAGAUAUUUGUCCGAACACGACCUCCUCCAGAGAAUACAUGGUUCCGCCCUGAACAGUAAAACGGAGUCGUAAAUGUUCACACUUUUACUAUUAUUAUUAACAAUAAUAAUAUAGUGAAUUAUAUCCUCCAGGUUUAAAUAAAGACUGACUGAUAACUAAUAUAUUAAGAACUAUUAGAUAAACAU